UGUUGAGCGAAGAAGAGCAGUAGCUAUGAUUGUUUGUGUUUCACUUGUACAAGUAUUCGUAGAGAAAAGUCUGGGCUGCUGCGUAACUUGGAUUCAAGUAUAAGUGUCCUUUAGCGAUUGGAGAAAUAUGUAAAACGCACUUUGUGGCCAGGAGUAUUCAAAUCGUCAUUUGUGGCAUAUCGACGUGGUCGAAAAUCAAUUAGAGAGGCAUAUGAAGAACGCUUCUCAGCAAUGGAUUCAAGAGAGGUGACAGUCCGUCGAGUUGUCAAUAUUGUUGAAAAGAGGAGCCAUAUGCCUCGGCCAGGGGUGGAGUAUGACAGAUGCUUUAAUGAUGACCAGUGGUAUGGUGGUCCUCGAAAUUACCCGGACACAAGAGAAUAUCAUGGCGAAGGAAGUUAUCCACCCAAUGAUCGUCGAUACUUUGAUGAAAAUCACAACUUUGGCAAUUUUCGCAGAAAUUCCUCAGCUCCACGAAAUGAGGGCCUCUACUCCCAACAGAGUUAUAGCAGAGAUGAUUUGAGGCAUCACUUAGGCUCAAGGAACAGUGGCAGAGCUGGUCCUUAUGUCCGUAACAGAGGUCGAGGCUUAGGCCCUCCUCUAAGAGAAGACCACGAUGACUACAGGAUCUCUCCGCCUGUAGUAAGCAAACGGGACCGCUCUCCUGGAAGGAGGGAAGCCCAACCACCAGUCCGCUCUGGAUCAAACACCAGCAACAGGAGCUUCUCCCCCGACAGGGACAAAGGCUACACCUACCAGCAGGUCCAGAAAAAGCAUAAGCCCAAUGCGCUGAUGAGCCACACUCCCAGCAGCUCUGUGGAGGGGUCUCCGCACAGCUCAGGAUCUUCAAAGGAAAAAACUCCUGCAUCUGUAGCGGAGACGGAGGAGGUGGUGGCUGCCAGCAUGGAGCCAAAGCUGACACUAGAGGUAGACUUCAAGGCUCGCCGGUUGGAGGCCAUUAAGGCUAAGGCUCUGGAAAUCGAGAAGGAUUACAGGCAGGACUGUGAGACUUUUCGCACAGUAGUGAAGAUGUUGGUGGCCAAGGAUCCCAGUUUGGAUAAUCUGCUGCAGACUCCACUGGAUGAGAACCUGUUGGAGAUCAAACAGCGCUGCCUAGAUGCCCUUAGGCACUUUGUGAAGGAGCUGGACGAGGUAUUAGAGCAGCCGGACACCUCAGUGGAAGCCACAAGUCACAAAACACUGAAGUGACAAUAUGCCUUAAAAUCUUAUUUUCGAAGUAAGUAGAAAAUUGUCUCAUUGGAUUGAAGAAUUUAACUAUUUUUACUUGUUUUAUUUUAAUUAAGUUCUUUAAUUGAUAAUAAAAUUUAUAUAUAUGUAUAUGUGUGUAUUUUAUUAGGGACAGGAAAUCGGGUGGCGGCAGUGGUGACACUUUUCCACUUGCUGAAACACAAACCACAAACAGGACUUAAGACUCAAUGAUAGCUUAAAUAAUUUUUAAAAUGGAUAUGUUGUGACAGUGAAAUACCUAUAGUAUUAUGAGCAAAAUACACCAGAAGAUACAGUUUUUAUGAAAGCCUGAACAAUUAAAAUGUGAAGCUUCAGCUGUGUUUUUACCAUGAACCAUGUUGUGGAAAAACUGUCAAAUAUUAUUACGUUCAGUCGAUCACAGAUGCCAUUUUAAAUUGAUAUAAAGUUAAAAAGAUAUAUUAAGUGUCUGGUCAUUCAACCAGCUAAAGGCUUGGUUUUAUUGAUGAAUCCUACUGAUAAAGUGCACUAGCAGAAAGAAUGACAGAGUCAAGUAAUGAAAGUUUCCUAUCGCAACCUUUUACUCAGUCUUUAGUGAUAUGUAGUGUAUUGUGCUUUCAGCAUCUGUAUUUAUUGCAGCUGAGGCUGCAAGUGCAACUAAUGCUAACUGUAACAUAGUAUUCUUGAACCAGUAUCGAAGAGUCCAGCCCUAUAUGAUAUUUUUCAGUGCAGCACUAUUUUUUACAGAAAAGACUAUGUGUAGAUCAUGCCUUUUUGUCCUACAUUUUUGUAGUUGUAGUCAAACAGCUUGUGAAUAUUAUCUUUUUGAUUUUCAGUUAAACAUUUGUAAAUAAAAGUUGAGGCUGUGAAUUAA